GUUACAACGGCCUCCAUGCUGGUGCUUCUCUGGGUAGCUCACAUAAGUUGCUUUUGUACCGCAACAUAUUUUCGGGAUAUACCUCGACAGAGUUUUGUCCUGUACGAGUGUUGGAAUUCAGGAACUAAACGGAAUAUGUAUAGACAGUCGGUAAGAACAGGUCGCAUUUCUUAAAUAAAAAAUAGUGUUAAAGGAAUUGAGCAAGGCAUCAUGGCUGCUGCAGUUCAAUCAGCCGUUCGCAAAAAAGGACAAAGUUCGUGCGUUCAUCAUAAUGGGAAGACUGUAGAAUUCUUAUGUGAAAAGUGCAAUGAACUCGCGUGUAAAAAAUGUGUUGCUUCUUGCCACAGAGGCCAUGAGUUAACUGAGCUGGAUGAUAUAGCCGAACAGCAGAAAAUAAUAAUGAUCAGUUUUAUUGACGAAGUUGAAAAUAACAAACUGCCAAAUAUCAAAGAAAACAUUUGUUCGGUAGAUAAACAAAUAGAGAGUACCUCUGAGUACUUCGAUACGCUUGGAGCAAAGGUUCAAGAACAAGGGGUCAAAAUGAAGCACGAAAUUGACGUUAUGAUCGCCGAAUCUUUGUCUCUCUAUCAAAAACUGAAGGAAGACAACAUCCGGCUACUCACCGACUACAAGCAAUGUCUUGAAGACGGUCACGAAGGACUCAAAGAACAGCUACACGAAUGCAAGACACAGCUUCAAGACGCGUCUGUUAUUGAACUUCAUGACGCCGGACAUGCAUUCCGAACCAUAGCUUUGAACUUACCCGAUAUCCCUAAUUUACAUACCGCAGUCUUUGAAGCACCGACACACUAUCGCUGUUACCUAGAACAAGCGUUAGGGACCAUCACAACGAAUGCCCUGUCGGAAUGUCAAAGAGAGUCAAUCCCGCAGCUACCGUCACCGAAGAGAGAGUCAACAACUGCAACGCCAGUGUCGGGGGCGACAGCUUUAAAUAGACCGGCCGUGACGUACACGUUCCUACCCCAAACCAGUAUCAUGGGGAAAUUUCAGACGAAUCGAAUAGGCAAUAAGAUAUGUCCCACCGGCAGUGACGAAAUUUGGAUUUCCUACUCUGACGUUCUCGAGCUGUUAAACAAGAAAGGUGUGAUGAGGAGGCAGUUCAAGUUCACCGUGAGAAUCACAGAUAUCAGCAUAUCACCCAGAACAAGGAACAUUUGGGUGUGCUCUGACGCCGAUUCAAGCAUCAUGGAGUGUACACAGGGGGCACCCAGUCUGCGUUUCCACUGCAAGAACAAGCCCAUAUGCCUGUGUGUUACCAUAGGGAAUCAAAUAUUGGUGGGGAUGUCGCAAAGGGUGACCAAAUUCUCCCAGCAAGGAAAAUCUCUCCUCCGCACACAAACGCAGUCGUCGGGACGAUCAUUGGUUCGUUUGCCACAGAAAAUAGCAGAAUGUCGGCUGACACAGAACGUGGCUGUGGUUGAAAGGCAGAGCUAUGACGCGAAUUGUAAAUCGCAAGUUCUUGUCAUGGACAAAGAGUUUGGAGAGUUGUUCCGGUACAGAGGAGAUGGUCAACAAGCAGCAGGGGCUGUAUUUGACCCCUGGGAUGUGACCUUUGACAAUGCUGGAAAUCUUCUCAUUGCUGACUGUAACAAUCACAGUGUCCUUCUCGUCAGUUCUGUUGGGGAGUUCAUCAGGACGGUGUUCACGGACGAGCGGAGUACACAGGCAAUCUGUCUGAACAAAAACCAUGUCCUAUGGGCGGUGUUUGGUGACGUAGUCAAACGUCUACAGUACUAUAGUGCGUGAUUGUGAUUCGCAUAUUGCCUCUCCGACAAUUGUUCAGGUGUUUGGUCUGCAUAGUUAUACUGUUAUACAAAAUGAAAAGAACUAACUAUAUGUGCGCUGUUUAACUUAAAAGUCAUUCUGUAGUUUUAGUAACGGGUAUCGCAGGUACCGAUUGCCAAAAAACCGCUGUAAACGUUUUAGAUUCAGUUCCAUCUUUAUAUGACUAAAGAUGUUGCGCAGACGUUAAACUGCGUACGAACAAAAACAAAUAUGAAUUUUGUUUCAAAAACAAACAAAAAGGACAUAACUUGUAGGACACACCACGUGUGGCAUGUCAAUAAAGAAUAUGUGGAACAGAGGUAAGAUAUAUUAAUAGAGCAGUAAGGAAAAGGUUCUUAACGUUGCAAUAUAGAGCAUCUUUAAGAUAUCUGUCGUACUUGUGGUAUUUCAUUUUUUUUCGGACAACUAGUCCUUUAUUUUCACCCAAUUGUUUGGUUAAGUUUACCACAAUCUUUGAAGACUCUGAGCAUUCUUAUAAAUAGCGAAAUCAUAAAACUUCAUUUUUGCUCUAUCAUCUCAAAUUAGUUCGAACAUCAUCAGAAAAACCCCACUUCAUGGAGUUAUGCUAAUCUAUGACUUCCAGUUGCCAUAUCACAAAUUUUCGAAUUCAUUCCUAUGUUCAUUGUUUGGAAUUUGACGUGUAACGUUUCAUGGGUCAUAUUGUUCUGAGUGUACAUAUACAUUGAUAGGGAGUAUUGGACAAGGAAAACAGUAUGAAUCCACGAAGCGUAAUCAUACAACUUCUGUUGAUCCAUGUUCGGACAAUUUUUAUAACGAUUUGAUCAUUUUUUAUUCAAUUUUUACAACGAUUUGAUCAUUGCUGUAAUUUUUAACUUAAAGAACGUGAAUACUCUUCGAUUAUGUCAUACCUUAUAUAUCUAUGCUGUUUAAGACCGAUAUAAAAUGUGUCGGAUGUUUGGUGUUACCUACCUACCAAUUCUAAAAUGAAUUAUUUUCCUGUCAGCAUAUAGUUAUAAGCUGCUUCCAAUUUUGGUGCAAAAGCUUAACGCUGAAUAUGUUUACUCUGUUUAGCAACAUGUAGUCAUAACUGUGUUUAUUUGAGUUUUUUGUUAUGUGAAUAAUAACAAAUUGUAAUUAAAAACUUC